AUGUUCUUGGAAGGAAAACACAGGCUUGACCGUAGCCACGAGGCCGAAAACUUCACGGAAACAUAUUUUGUCAAUCCACAGCCAAUUUCGAUUGUGGACAAUUCUAAAGAUGAAAACGAGGAAGAAGAAUAUGAAGAAAUGGAAGAGGAAGAUGACGAUGAGGAUGAUUUCAUGGCGUUUGAUUUUGUCGAUGCCACGGGUGGGCGCCAUGAAGUCGAAUCUGCCGUAGCGUGUGGCUCAUAUAACACUCCUCAAUGUGUGGUUUGCGGACGGACACCAACUCCGAAAACUCGCCUUUUUAAGUGGCCGGAAGAUGAGCAGCUGCGGAGAUCAUGGUGCGUUCCGAUUACAUUUAUGCUUUGGGUCGCGUUCAUGCCUUGCGAAAGUGAAGAUUUGACAAGUUAG